UUUUGGAUAACUUUUACGCACGGCUUUUACGCGUCGCCUAACUUCACCGGGACUUCGCCGAUUUUAUAUCCGGGCUCCGAACUCGUCCCGGGAGUCGAUUCGGCGUGCGUCCGCGCGUUCUGGAGCGGAUACACGGGCUAUUUAGGGGGUGUGACAGCUCGCUCCGUACAGCUGUGAGCGCCGGCGGAGUGCGGGCUCGCGUGUUUAUGUUGCUGCUGUUGCUGCUGAAGCUGCUGCUGGAGCUGUGAAGUACCGCGGGGCAUGUGCCAGGAGCGGAGCCCGGGCACAGAGGCGCUUGUCCGGGCACAGAUUUGAGGACGCAGCCGCCGGCUGUGGGAUGAAUGAGCUCCAGGACCGGCCGUAUGUGUGUGGGGCGCCCGGCUGCUCUCAGAGGUUCCAGUCAGAGGAACAUCUGAACAUCCACAGACACAAACAUGAGAUGACCCUCAAGUUCAACUCCAUCAAGAACGACUUCACAGCCGACACGCCCACUCCCACCAAGUUCCUGCAGAACUGUGACGAGGUCGGUCUGUUCAAGGAGAUCGAGGAGGAGUUUCUCCAGGCGCAAGAGGAGGAGAAGAAACAGAUGCUCCCUCAGAACGGGCCGUCGUGUCUGAACCAGAGUCACCUCAAAGACCAGAGCGCCCCGCUGUCCCACCAGCCCCUGACCCACCCUCCGCCCGCCCCUCAGCACCACACACACACUCAUUCCCACAACCGACAACCGCCCCACCACCACAACCAGCCCCAUCACCCACCUCACCACCAUCCACCCCACAGCCAGACCCACCAGACCCUUAACCAGCCCCACAGUCAGCCCCUCCAGCCCCACAACCCGCCCCACAACCACACCCAGCCCCACAGCCAGCCCCUGCAGCACCCUCCAGCCCACGGGCCCCUGAUGGGACCGAGCUGCAGCCUGGCCCCUCACCAGACGGGGUCGGUCAUCGCACAGAACCACUCCCACUCUGGGCCGGUGCCCAACCUGUCGUCCCUGCUGCACAUGAGGAGCAGACACAGACAGCCUCUGCCCGCCUCCCUGCCCGGGACCCUCCCCGACCCCGCCAUGCAGGGGGCGGCGGCGCACCACAUACACAGACUGAAGCACCCGCUGGGCCCGCCCUACCCCCCCCAGCCCCCGCAGCCCAGACUGAUGUCCAUGAACAGAGCGGCCCCCCCAUGGGUCACAUGA